AAGUCGCAAGAUGGCUGACAUCGCUUGAAAGUAUGUCUCCUUCCUCAACAUGAAGUCGUGAGUGUGGAAGAAAGCGAGGGAGGCACCAUCGGCCGUUUGUUUUUAAUUAACUUUUUAUUUUUAUUUUAUUUCUGCCGUUAAUUUCUCCAAACAUCCAUUUCAUUUCGCGUCGUCUCUGUCCCAGAGUUGUCUUUGAGAGUUGACGCGUCAAGUCACGCCGGGGACCCAGCUCGCUACAGCGGUUAACGUUAGCCAGCGAGAUAGCUGGUUAGCUAGCUAACUAAAUAAUAUUUUUGAUAUCCCAUCGGCCUGCUAACUAGCACGUCUCAUUAAUUUGAAAUAGUCUAACUGUUCUAAUAUCAAUAUACUGUCAGAUUAAGAAUUACUCGACCGUCAUGUUCGCCAACUAAUGCGCAACGUUUCUUCGUGUGAAUCAGGAUUAUAAUUUUGGAGUAAAACAUACCAUUACUAUAGUUAGCCACUAGCCAUCAUCAGUUAUCAACAUUUCAUGUGUUAUUACCUAGCUAGCUAGCUGGUUAGAGGGGAAGUUAAACUUUAUCCGGAGAAUUACACUAGCUGGCUUUGCUGGCAGUUGACCAAAAUACUGCUAGGGAUGGACACACAAUUGUACUCACACGACCAAAUAUAGAAGAUUGGCUUUGCACACUAACUAGUUAGCUAGCUGUCUUACUUGCUGUGAGGAAGUACACCUCUCGGCCUGGCCAACUAGCGUACUAGGCUAGUUUGCCUUUGCAGGGUUGGUCACUCGUAUCAGAGUUGAGGGUGGCAGCAGCUAGGUGCAGCAACAGUCGUUCAGUCAGUCACACAGAGAGAGACGUUAGCUAGCUGCCAGGUUCUAGCUAGUUACAGUCUCGACUCUCACAUCAGCUAUCACCACGGCGUUCCGAACGUACCCGGAGCCCCCCUCCCCUGGCCAGACCCACCGGCUCAACAACACCGGGAUGGGUGUGCAGGGCUUCCAGGAGUAUCUUGAGAAACGGUGUCCCGGGGCAGCCGUCCCCGUGGACCUCCUCAAACUAGCCCGUACACCGGGCCGCCAGCCCCCGCACCACCACCCCCAUCACCCCGGCCCUAUGCCUCCUCCACCCCCGGCCCGGAUACUCAUCGAUGCUGACUCCGGUCUGCAGCGUCUGUACGGCGGCUACCAGACGGACUGGGUGUGCGGCGGGGAGUGGAACGCCAUGCUGGGAUACCUGUCCGCUCUGUCCCAGGCCUGUCUGUACCAGGGCGGGCUGGAGCUGGUCGUGGUGUUCAACGGGACCCUGGGGAAGGAAAGGUGGCCGGAGUGGGCGCGCCGGGCCCAGGGGCAACGCCAGACGGCCCAGCUCAUCGUCAAUCACGUUGGCAGCAAGGCAACUCCGCCUCCCCGUGCUUGGUUCCUGCCCCCAGCCUGCCUCAGCCACUGUGUCCGCCUCGCCAUGUUUCGCUUCAGAGUGCGGGUUGUCCAGACGUUGGAGGACCACCACCAGGAGGUGCUGUCCCUCUACAGGGACUUUGGUUUCUGCGGCCUGAUCGCCCAGGACUCAGAGUUUGCCCUCUGCAACGUGCCCGCCUACUUCUCCUCGCAUGCCCUCAAACUGUCCUGGAACGGCAAGAACCUGACCACCCACCAGUACCUGCUCUCUGAAGCAGCCAGACAGCUGGGUCUGAAGACACAACACCUGCCCUGCUUCACUGCACUGCUGGGGAACCAUAUUCUCCCUGAUGAGGACCUGGCUGCCUUCCACUGGAGCCUUUUAGGACCAGAACACCCCCUGGCCUCACUCAAGGUGCGUGCCCACCAGUUGGUGCUGCCUCCCUGUGAGGUGGUCAUCAAGGCGGUGUCAGAGUACGUCUCCUCCAUUAAAGACCUGGGGAACCUGGACGUUAUCGCCAGAGAUGUCUUCAAACAGUCACAGUCUCGUAUGGAGGACAAGGUGCAGCGUUUUAAGAGAGCUGUGGAGUAUUUCUCAGCUGCCUCUAAACCCCGCCCACUCUCCAUGGGAACCUCCCCCUACCUCUUGCCAGGGUUUGGGCCGGCUCCGUUUGGUGGACCUCCUGGCCACAUGGGGGCGAUGCAGACUGUAAAGACCCAGUACCCCCUCCAGGGUGUGAAGCCACCCUAUCAGAAUGCUCCGUACGGACCGGGCCACACCCCUCUGUUCCAGAACCCCCCACCUCCUCUGCAGGACUGCAACGAUUCACUGCCAGGGAAAAUGGCCUUCACCGAUUGGUCAGCUCCAUAUGACCAGGGAGGAAGUAGAUUACCGAAUCACCAUGCGGCCGCUCCCUCCCCGUCUCCUUCAUCAUCUGAUGGAGAUGAACCAAACGACAGCAAAUCCACAGAUGACAUGAUCUCUAAUGUGCGCCACACUGCCCUUUCCCACCUGGACAAAAGGAACACCUAUCUGAUGUAUCCAGAGAUAUACCACAUACUGACCAAGGGAGAGAUAAAGAUGGCGGUGUGUAUUGAAGAUGAUUGUAACAGUGAACUGCCUCCAGCCUCUCUGCUGUUCAGAGCAGCCCGACAGUACAGCUAUGGGGUCCUCUUCAGCCUAGCUGAAACCCACCGACGCCUCGAGAGACUCGCCAUGCGCAACAGAGGACCCCUCGAAGUUCCUCCAGUGAUAGUGAAGGAGUGGUCCAGUGGGAAGUCGAAGUCGGCCCUGACCCCGGAGCUGGUUCCAGCGCUGUGCUUCAGAGAGUGGACCUGUCCUAACCUGCGGAGGCUGUGGCUUGGUAGAGCCAGUGAAGAUCGCUCCCGGAGGACCAGAGCUUUCCUAGCCUGUCUGCGCUCUGACUGUCCUGCCUUACUCAACCCUGCUCAGGUCCCACAACACCUUCUGCUCAUGUGCUGCGUGCUCAGGUAUAUGAUGCAGUGGCCAGGUGGUCGUAUUCUACAGAGACAUGAGUUAGAUGCCUUCCUGGCCCAGGCAGUCUCUAACCAGCUCUACGAACCAGACCAGCUACAGGAACUGAAGGUGGAGAAGGUAGACAGUCGGGGAGUCCAGCUGGCGUCUCUCUUCAUGGCGGGCGUGGACACGGCUCUGUUGGUCAACGACGUGUGUGGUCAGCCGUUACCAUGGGAACACUGCUGCCCCUGGGGCUUCUUCGACGGGAAACUCUUCCAGACCAAACUGGCCCGCGCCGCCCGAGACCGCCAGGCUCUGCUCGACAUGUGUGAAGGACAGGAGGAGCUGGUGUCUCGUGUGGAGAAGAUGCGUCAGGCCAUCCUAGAAGGCAUCAACUUCUCUCGUCCUCCUCCCCCUCCUCCUCCUCUCCCCCCUCCUUCCUUCCUGCCCCCUCCCCCCUUCUACCCUCUGCCUCCCCUCUACCCUCCCCGGCCCAUGGGAAACAUGCCACACCACCACCCUCAACAUCCUCACCCUCAUCACCACUCACACCCAGCCCAGCAUAGACCCAGAGCCUUCCCAGGUCUGCAGUCGAUCCCCCCCCAGGGAGGGAAGUUGGAGAUAGCCGGAAUGGUGGUGGGGCAGUGGGCCGGGAACAAACCACUGCGUGGCAGAGGGGGAUUCAACAUGCAGGUGGUGUCAGUCGGGGCUGGGAGAGGAAGGGGUAAGGACAUCCCAGUGAAAGGAGGGCGAGGAGGUAAAAAGACCUCACCCCCUCCCCCCUCCACCAGCCCCCCCAAGUCCUCUGAAGGUGAGGGUCUUAACUCUGGGGGUGUGGCCCAGAAGCUGAACGGCAGCCCUGCAGCCUCCGCUAUUGGCCAGCCUUUGGAUCUUCCCCCACUGGCCCAGCCAAACCCGUGUGCCUUAGCCAGCAAAGACAACCAAUCAGAGGAGGCCCCUUGUUGCCUUGACAGCUGUCCUUCAGACGGAAUGUAACGAAGGAGGAUUGACUAGGCUUUCCCAGAAUGCACCAGGGUGUUCUGAAAGUGCCGUCUGUGUUCCACUGCCUUCCCCUGUCUGUUAGCCUCGCCCACCAACACACCAACCAGGAAGUCAGAGAGAGGGGGAGGUGCUCUGCUCAAUCAGUGGAUUUGAUUGAGGUGUUCCGCUAGCCUUUCCCCCCCCCUCUCUCUGCUUCUUUGUGUGAUUGGUUCGGCAGAGCAGUAAGCCCAACCCCUUUGAUUUUGUCAUGUUUUAUUUUAACGAUGAGAGGUUUUUCUCCAUGAGUCCAUUUUGUCUAAGCCCCGCCUCCGCCCCAUAAAGCCCUGCCCCCAUGGCUGUUGUAGCCCCAGCACACUGUCUCAUGUUGUAAUGAUCCCUCCCUAGUGUUAAAAUGGAUUGUGAAUUGAAAUGGGAUGAUGUGAUCUACUCUCCCCUACCGAGGUCCUCACAGUUAGACUUGAACUACGGUGUUUAGUAAUAGUGGGUUUACACACACAGUAACGUUGCCACUAAACACACACUGUUGGGCCAGUCUGUUAGUUCCUCGGUUUGCUGGCCAUUAGAGGUGUGUAAAGGUUUAGUUGCCCAACCCAGCCGUGUUGAGACCCCCUGACCACGGAUGUAAACUGUUGCCAUAGGGACCUCAUGGCAAGCGGCGUUCCAUGUGAGGUCAGAGAGGAAUAGAGAAAGGAGGACGGCGUUUGCUAAAUCCCCCGAUACACCACCGAUAAUGAUCUAUUAGCAUCAACCGCGCCUCUAACCUCCCCGCCCAGACCCAUCUGUAUUAGCUACGUUGUGUUGCUAAUCACUACCUGGGGCGGCAAGUAGCCUAGCGGUUAGAGCGUUGGGCCAGUCACUGAAAGGUUACUGGAUCAAAUCCCAGAGCUGACAAGGUAAAAAUCUGUCGUUCUGCCCCUGAACAAGGCAGUUAACCCACUGUUCCCCGGUAGGCCGUCAUUGUAAAUAAGAAUUUGUUCUUAACUGACUUGCCUAGUUAAAUAAAGGUUACAUUUAAAUAUAAAAUAUUACCCUGAGCGUCGGUGUGUUAGCAUAGCUUAGCCCCUUCAGUAGCAUUUGCACCGCUAAUGCGUUAGCAUGCUAACGUAGGCCAGACCCUUGAAUAACAUUAGCACUUACGUUAAUAUGCUAGCAUGCUAAUUUAGCCUAGCCCAGCCGUGUUGAGACCCCCUGACCGCAGAUGUAUGUACGCACCUUAACCUGAUGCUCCAACGUAUGGAAGCUCUUACCCCUAUAUUAUAUUACUGCAUUAUCCCCUAUGCUCUUAUUGUAUAUCCCAAUGGGGAGCACUUACUAAUGUUGCAUUCGUUGUGAUUAUUAAUGAAUUGACCGUCUGUCUGAGAGGGUGACCUGUGACCUAGGACAUUUCUUUUACCUCUAACUUUAGACAUUAGACACCUUUAGAGACUUCUUUUGUGCGUUAAUAUACCCCUGUUAACAAUAGCUGUUUAAAUGUGAGCAGAGUGGUCUUCAGAAGAGUCCCAAUGGAUCCCAGGUUAAAACACAGUCAGGACAAACAUGGUGGCACAUCGGGUGUUAGAGGUCAGAGGUCAGCCCCUCUGACUGGCACCGCGUCUAAAUUAACCUCUCAAUUGGCACCCUGUUUCCUACAUGGUGCACUACAACUCCUGUUCAUCAGAAGCAGUGCAUUAUGGGGGUAGGUUGCCGUUAUAGACAAGACCCGAUGAAGUCCCAAAGCAUAGACCCACACCAGCCCUGUCACCUGGCUGGCCAAUCGGGACAGGCCUGGUAGCACCGCCGCCCCAACCCCGCCUGGUGAUUAGCAGUCACCACGGCGAUAGCACAGAGUUCUAAGCUCUUUAACCAACAGGAAGCACUUCCCCCAAACUACCUAGACAAUCAGCAGGGGUUUGGGGUGGGACCACUUGAAUGUUCUGCCCCAAAUCUAAAGAUCCUAAAUAGUUUUAUAAUUAUGAUAGAGGACAAAAAUAAGUAUUCCCUUAAUAGGUGUGCUCUGAGAGGAAUCAGAGUAUUGACUUGUUUUAAUGACAGAGCAGAGCAGUAAGAUUGAUCUGUCUGUCUCCUGGACAUCUGUAGAAAUAACAUGGACUUAAUCAACUCAACUAAACCAGCGUAGGGACAUGGAUGCUUCCCAAAGGACUCCUAGUCCUUCUACUGCACUACUUCUGUUUAUGGCCCAUAGGGCUUUGGUCAGAAGUAGUGCACUAUAUAGGGAAUGGGGUACCAUUUGGGAGGCACCCAAUAUGAAUCCCUGGCAAGGCAACAGAAGGAGACCAUGCCAAUGACUUGAUGCUGCAUCUAUCUAAUGGUAGGCCUAAGACAAUGUUUCCCAAAUUCGGACCUGGGGACGCCAUGGUUUUUUCCCCCUAGCACUACACAGCUGAUUCAAAUAAUCAAAGCUGUGUAGUGCUAGGGUCAGAACCAAAAGGUGCACCCGGGAGGGGGUUGACUGAGUUGGGGAAACGCUGGUCUAAAAUCUUAACCGUUUAACUGAAGGAAACCCUGACCAGAUGAAAUGGCACCCUAUUCCCUACAUUCUGACUGAUCCUCUUCGCUCCUGUGAAGAACCUAAGGAUUCCACAAGACUGCCUCUGCUGCUGAUCUUCAGACUCGUAGGGUACACAGUCAUCGUUGAUAUUUAAAUCACUGACCGUUAAGAUCCACCGAGACACAACGAACGGCCUGUUAACUUGUCAACAAACAACUACCAAAUGAAAGCCAGGGUUUUACUGAUGGCUGGUUAUUGAUAUGACUACAGCUGAAGCAUACAGAGCAUUGUUAGGAGUGCUGCUACUGUAGUUGUAGGACAGUAGUAACAGUAUUGGACGAAGCUCUUCAGGACUGUAGGUAAAACACAAACAUAAAGGGUGACAUUCUGUCUGCUAAAUUAGUCCAAUUCCAGCCCCAACUACCUUAGUAGCAUCUCCAUAGCGCCACAAAGCCCAAAGUUGCAAAAAGCAAACAUACCCUUCAACCAAAAUGAUUUUAGAAAGCUGUGGCUCGAGACUCCAUGGCGUGCAAAGGGUUGUGGAACUGCUUACAAGCAAACCAUCUCUGCCUUCUGAUGGUUGUCGUAAAACGAAGUAUUGGGAACAACAACAAGUCAUUUAAUCCAGUCGUCUCAGGGCUAUCUAGCAGACAGAUUUGAACCCCUAGACUGGCUAGAGAAGAGCCCCAACUGGUCAUCUAAUACCCAGCAUGACUAGACGACUACAAUUCAUACAUGUAUAUGUAGAUACAGUACAUAUUCAUAGGUUGCACCUCCGUCACUCGGUCGCGCAUCAUGCCAUUGUUCUGAACGUUCUCAAGCAGGCCUCUAUCGGUGGCGCCAUAGUGGUGCCCUAAAGUUGCCAUUAAAAAAAAGUAAUUUUUGGAAAUACAAUGACAUUGCUAAAGUAGUCAAGUAUUUAGUAGGAAACGAUUUUGCCAGCGUUAUCAUGCCGUCAAAUAUACUUUGAUUACGAUGUUGUCAUUAGCUAGCAAACUUUGUCUAAAACCUCAUUUUUAAAAAUGGCAUCACCUCUAUCUUAGCUAGCUUUCUAGCUAAUGUUACACUGCAUUUAAAGUCAAUCUGGUGGCCUCACCUCAAUCUUAGCUAGCUUUCUAGCUAAUGUUAUACUGUAUCUAAAGUCAAUCUGGUGGCCUCACCUCAAUCUUAGCUAGCUAGCUAAUGUUAUACUGUAUCUAAAGUCAAUCUGGUGGCCUCACCUCAAUCUUAGCUAAGCUAGCUAGCUAAUGUUAUACUGUAUCUAAAGUCAAUCUGGCGGCCUCACCACAAUCUUAGCUAGCUAGCUAGCUAAUGUUAUACUGUAUCUAAAGUCAAUCUGGCGGCCUCACCACAAUCUUAUCUAGCUAGCUAGCUAAUGUUAUACUGUAUCUAAAGUCAAUCUGGUGGCCUCACCUCAAUCUUAGCUAGCUAGCUAGCUAAUGUUAUACUGUAUCUAAAGUCAAUCUGGCGGCCUCACCACAAUCUUAGCUAGCUAGCUAGCUAAUGUUAUACUGUAUCUAAAGUCAAUCUGGUGUCCUCACCUCAAUCUUAGCUAGCUAGCUAAUGUUAUACUGUAUCGAAAGUCAAUCUGGUGGCCUCACCUCAAUCUUAGCUAGCUAGCUAAUGUUAUACUGUAUCUAAAGUCAAUCUGGUGUCCUCACCUCAAUCUUAGCUAGCUAGCUAAUGUUAUACUGUAUCUAAAGUCAAUCUGAUGGCCUCACCUCAAUCUUAGCUAGCUAGCUAAUGUUAUACUGUAUCUAAAGUCAAUCUGGUGGCAUCACCUCAAUCUUAGCUAGCUAGCUAAUGUUAUACUGUAUCUAAAGUCAAUCUGGUGGCCUCACCUCAAUCUUAGCUAGCUAGCUAGCUAAUGUUAUACUGUAUCUAAAGUCAAUCUGGUGGCCUCACCUCAAUCUUAGCUAGCUAGCUAAUGUUAUACUGUAUCUAAAGUCAAUCUGGCGGCCUCACCACAAUCUUAGCUAGCUAGCUAGCUAAUGUUAUACUGUAUCUAAAGUCAAUCUGGUGGCCUCACCUCAAUCUUAGCUAGCUAGCUAGCUAAUGUUAUACUGUAUCUAAAGUCAAUCUGGCGGCCUCACCACAAUCUUAGCUAGCUAGCUAGCUAAUGUUAUACUGUAUCUAAAGUCAAUCUGGCGGCCUCACCACAAUCUUAGCUAGCUAGCUAGCUAGCUAGCUAAUGUUAUACUGUAUCUAAAGUCAAUCUGGUGGCCUCACCUCAAUCUUAGCUAGCUAGCUAGCUAAUGUUAUACUGUAUCUAAAGUCAAUCUGAUGGCCUCACCACAAUCUUAGCUAGCUAGCUAAUGUUAUACUGUAUCUAAAGUCAAUCUGGUGGCCUCACCUCAAUCUUAGCUAGCUAGCUAAUGUUAUACUGUAUCUAAAGUCAAUCUGGCGUCAUCAAAAGGUUAUUUAUUAUUUUAUCCUGUUGAAUGUCAUUGUAUUUCCAAGCCACUGUAAUGCACUUCUGAUGAUCUUCAUCAGUAGAACGCUCAGUCGUGCCUCAGUUCAAAACGAACGUUCUAAACAAUAUUGUGACAAAACUUGCAACCCAUGAAUAAUGCUUGGCCCUUUUUCUCAUGACAUUACUGUAGCACAUUAAGAUAAUGGGACACUGCAGGUCAUGAGUAUUUCUGUUCAGCCAGGAGGAGGAGUGGGCCUACUUAUGUCACUCCGCUAGCUGGCAAGAUUACGUUCCUGUCGACUCACUCGUGAGAAGACUUACUCAAGCACACAGUAGUUGUUACCAGCCCUCUCUGUGUUUGUGCUGAAGUGAUGUAAUGUUGCUGUUCCCCGUCGGUUACUGUCUGUGGGUGAAGCAGAGAGACUUGGUAACACCUACUGUUGUGCCGAGCUGCAGUCUGACACACACACAGCCCUCUUGACUCGUAAGAAUACUCACACGCGCACACACACACACACACAUUGAUGUCACACCCUGAGUUAGACACUAGCUAGUAUGGAUAAAGUCAACAACAUAACUCUCC